GAAGAUUUGUAUUUAUAAGCCAUUUAUGAUCUUAUAAUAGUUAUAUGUUUCAACCAAAUCUGUUUUCAGCCUCCUGUCCUGCAACGACUCCAUAUCAAUAUCAUCUUUGCACAGGCGUAGGCACCUCUUCUGCACCUUUUCUAACAAAUUAAUAUUCUCUUUGAUAGACUCCGUUCAACGAGUACUGGUAUUCCAGGGCUUUCUUUAUGCGAAGCACAACACAUUUCUCAGCAUUGAAUUCAAGCAGCCAAAGCUUCGGCCAGACAGCAAGUAACAUUCUUGAUGGGUAACGAACUGAAUGGUAAUCAUGUCUGAUCAACUGAUAUGGACAUGUGGCAAACCCAACAUCGCUCUUCAUUUACGGGACAGAGAGGCAGGCUUUGGAAAAGCUCCAGCAUACAGACGCAACUGUCGAAUGUGGAGAACACUCAUUUGUGAUAAAAGUUCAGUUUACAAGAAGACAUGGAGUUUGACCUCUAAAAAUAGGAUAUACUACAUAGGAGAUCGACUUUACCUGGAUGACUUUAGGACAUGUUACAGUCUGAAUGGACUUCAUGCCAUGCCUACAAUAGUGUAUACAAAUCCAGACAAGUCACACACCUAUAAAUUGGAGGCUAACCUUCACUGCUCUGCUGAACUAAACAUAUUACCCAUGGUAGAUGGUGAGCACAGACCCUACGUACUUGGUCUUACUAAAUGCCAGAACCUCAUCCGAAUUGAUCUUCAGACUGGUCAGAUCUUGAAGAAGAUAUAUCUUGGUCACCAUCAUUUGUGCUUGAAGUACAUGUAUUUGAAUUGGGAUGUCUUUCAAGAAAGGGCAGUGGUAUGUUCAACUCAAUCUAAGUCAGCAGAAGGGAUGAUGAAGUCAUUUGUGCUAUUCAGUGUUUUCCCUUUGGAAGUGAUUGGACAUCUCACUGUUACCCAGCAGGUUUUUGGUGCAGAUAUUUGCAAUGCAAACGUAAGCGAUGGCAUGUUAAUCGUGAUGCAUAGAAAUGACAGAGUGAGGAUGUAUAACUUGGACAAGAUUAUAAAUGAGCAGAAUAUGAAAUUUCGACAGCGCCUGGGAGAAGUAUCCCAAACUACCAGUACCGGUACUUGUAGUUCAUCAUCAGGAGCUGUGGGAUCAUUUCCAACAGGAAUACCAGCUGAUAUACAUAUAACAGACAGACUUCAUCCCUUACGGGAUCGUCUAAGGCUGAUGGCCUGCCUCUUAUCGGGGAAACACUCCGAGAACUAGAAGUUUCAAGACAAGCUGCCCAGAUCGUCCUUGCAUCCUGGCGAACGUCCACCAGGAAAUGCUACAGGUCAGCAUUACGGAAGUGGCUUUACUUCUGUUGUCAGACAAGGACUGAUCCUAUUCGACCAAAUGUAACUACAGUGGUUGACUUUCUUGCCGCAGAAUUUCAAAAAGGCAGUGAAUACAGCAGCCUCAACACACUGUGGAGUACUAUAUUGGCGGUAACCCUACCAAUAGAGGGCGUGACCAUGGGUUCACACCCGCUCAUCAAAAGGCUAUUGACAGGUGCAUUUAACCUUAGACCACCAAUACCGCGGCACUCACAGAUGUGGGAUGUGACUAAGGGAAUAAAUGUGUGUUUGGGUAACACUCUGUUUAAGACCGGUUUGAGUCUGGGUGCAUGAUAAUUAUUUUGCAUGAGCAAUUAUCACCCAUCCAGACUCCAACUGGUCCUAAACAGAGUGUGUAAUACCGACCAAGCACAUAUUUAUUC